UAAUUCAAACCAACAAAUUAGACGGUAACCAAUUUUGGUAAGUUGAGUUCUUUUAAUAAACCUUUGACACUGUUGGAGAUUCUAAGAGACACCAUUUGUAACCUUUUCGCGUUCCAUUGAAUCAAAUCAAACAUGGAUGAGUCAAUGACGAACAUCAUGGAGGUGAGGGAAGAUUUCAUGGUUUCACCUAUUGGUGACAGUAAACCAUAUUUGAGAACUGCUUAUUUUCUCAAACCCCUAGCAAAGUCCCUUGAUGGAGCAGUUUCUGGGGUCCUUUCAUCUUCUGUGUCCAUGCCACUGCCAUCAGUGUUUGAACCAAAGGUGUGGCCUUUGGUGAUCCACUCCAUCGGUUGGCGCUGCCCAAUGAAGAAGUGGGUUGAAUGGGUGGAUGCCCUUCAAGUCAAGUAUGAGUCAUUGUGGAAGAAAGUUGGCAUCUUUGAAGCCAUCAAGAGCACCAAGUGUUCCAUAGUGAACCAUCAAAACUUGUGUUAUGGGGUUGCUGAGAAGUGGUGUCCUGAGACAAACACCUUUUUGUUUCCAUGGGGUGAGGCAACAAUCACAUUGGAGGAUGUGAUGGUCUUGGGAGGUUACCCUAUUGUUGGUGAUCCUAUCUUCACCCCACUUCAAAGCCAGGAAAUGAGAGAGGUGGAGAAGAAGCUGAUUCAUGCAAGACAAGAGCCUUGGAGGAGGAAAAAAGGUAAGGCUUCUUUAUCUGCAUGGAUUGAUCUUUUUGUCAAUAGUGGUAGUGAAAUUGAGCAUGAAGCAUUUCUUGCAACUUGGUUGACAAUGGUUGGUUUUUCCACCAAUGGUUUGGUGAGUAGGUUUGUUUUCCCUAUUGCUAUUCAUCUUGCUAGAGGGAAUCCUGUUGCUUUGGGACCAGCAGUUUUGGCUAGCAUAUAUACGGAUUUGAGUUUGCUUAAGAAAGCAAUAGUUGGUGUGACUGGUGAUAACUUGGAAUCUGAGGUAACUCUUAAGUCACCCUUUUACUUGGUACAAAUUUGGGUGUGGGAGAGGUUCAAAAACUUGCAACCACAGCCCAGGUUGGUUGGUUUCAAAGACCCUGUGCUGUUUAGGUGGCACAAGGUUAGGCCCUUGAAAAUUUACGAUGUGAGAUUGGCGCUGGACUCGGCUACAGAGCAUUUUCGAUGGCGCCCUUACGUUCAAUAUGCUGGUAAGUUCAAGUUGUUUUAUCCUGAAAAUGAAACUUUGGUACCAUUUGAGACGGAUUUGGAUACCGAACAAAUCUCUUUUGUUACAUGCAUGAGAGUUUCUGCGCUUGUUGGAAUUGAGUCUACUAUAAAGCAGUACCUGCCACAUAGAGUUGCUAUGCAAUUUGGAAUGGAUCAAGAUGUUCCUGAUUGUGUUCCUGGAUUCUAUGGAACUGAAGCCAUUACUUGGAAAAAUUACUGCAGGCCCAUAUCUUGUAGGAGUUUGUAUUUUCCUGCUAGGCUUUUUGAAGGAGAUGUUACCACACGGUAUGCAAAGUGGUGGAAGCAAUCAGUACUGAGUUAUCAGGAUUUUGCAAAGAAUAUUGUGCACCAAGAGAGAAAUCCAAGGCCUCAUUUACCAAAAGCAAAUACAAAUGGUAAUGAUGCUGAUGUUCCUCCUGGUUUUCCUCCCAAACUUGUUAGAACUGUAUAUUUUGGAAAAUCUGGUGGUGAUGAUUCAAAUGCUAGGAAAGGUAAUAUUGAUGAUGAUGUUCCAACAAAAAUUCUUUCAAAACAAUGCACUCCGACUCCUUGCAUUUCUGACGAGAAAUUUAAGCAUGUCUUGGAAGAGAAUAAGUGUGGUGACAUGGCUCAGAGUUCAGUUAAAGGAAAAACAUAUCAAUGUAGGAGUUUGUCCAACGCAAGUUCUUCAUCCGCUACUGCAUAUUAUGAAAAUGUUAAAAGGAUAUCACCACUCACAAAAUUGGUUGUGAAUGAUGUCAUUGAACCAUUGAUGGGGGGUAUGGAGGAAGAUUUUGAAGAUGCAAAUGGGAGCAAUGAAUCAUGGAUGUCAAGUGAGGGAGUAAGCCUAUCUGGUCCCCAAGGUGAAAGCUAUAGCUGUGCAUCUGGAACAAAAGUAAUGGAUCUUGAACAGAGAAUCAACAGACUGGAGACAGUGAUUAAAAAAUUGAAGAUAGCAAAAUUUGGUCACUGUUGAAUAAUUUAUAGCCUAUCAAACCUAAAACUUACCACUUGUUAACAUAUUUUACUUAUUUCUUAUACUAGCAAAAUUACAUGACAUGAAUGUUCAGAAAAAACAAAUAUAACAUGAUCUUGUGGGAUCUUAGUGCUGGUACAUUGUCUUGGUUCCGCAGCUUUACUUAGAAACUUGUUUAUCAAUUUGGUAUCUAAUUUGUAGAAAUACAGCUUACUAUUUGGAUAUUUGCUUGUAGAUGUCCAAGGAAUGCUAGCAACACUUUCUUUCAAUAACUUUUUGUUAUUUACUGAAGUUCUUGUUAGACCCUCUUAGUGCAUCUUUGAAUUUGUGUUGCUUUGUUUUAAACAUAGAUUUGUAAUUUUGAACUAAAUUUAGGCAA